UCCACAACCUCUUCCCUCGUCAAAUCCCAGCCCAAUUCGUCAUUUCUAAGGGGUAAUUAGGCAUUCUUUUGUGUUCCUCUGAUACCCAAUCAUUGCUUCCCCACUCUAAAGGUGCAAGCUUUCAGUUUGCUUUCCUUUUCAAAGCAUCGAUACUGACAUGAUUAGGCUUUUGGGUUCUUCUUCGACUGCAAUCCAGCAUCACACCAAGUCGAUCCCACUCUUAAUAAUCCGAAGAUUCUCGCUUCCUUCAACGAGGAAAGACCCCGACCUCGAAUCCGCUCUCUCGCGCAACAAGAGAUGGAUAGUCAACAGCCGCCUCAAAAACAUCAUCCUGAGAUGUCCUAACCAGGUCGCACCGGUCAAGUUUCUACAGAAGAAGUUCAAAACUCUCGAUCUCCAAGGGAAGGCCCUGAACUGGCUUAAGAAGUACCCUUGCUGUUUCGAUGUCUAUCUUGACGAAGAUGAGUAUUACUGUCGUUUGACGAAGCCCAUGAUGGCCCUCGUGGAAGAAGAGGAGCUUGUUAAAGAGGCCCAAGAGCCUGUGUUGGCGGAUAGGCUUGCGAAGCUGCUUAUGAUGAGCGUUGACCAGCGUCUUAAUGUGAUGAAGCUUAAUGAGUUGAAAAGGAGUUUUGGGUUUGGGGAUGAUUAUGUUGUUAGGAUUGUGGCCAAGUAUGGGGAUGUGUUUCGAUUGGUGAAUUAUAGCGGUAGAAAGAGUUCUAUGGAGAUUGAGCUUUUGUCUUGGAAGCCUGAGCUGGCUGUUUCCGCUGUGGAAGCAGCAGCGGCGGGGAAGGGGAACGAGCCUAGCUUCUCUUGCUCUUUGCCCACCACGUGGACUAACCCGUGGGAGAGGUUCUUGGAGUUUAACGCGUCUCCUUACGUAUCUCCGUAUCGAGAACAUGGGGAGGUUGUGGAGGGUGAGAAGGAGAGUGAGAAGAGAAGCGUUGGGAUGGUGCACGAGCUGCUCUCGUUGACGCUGUGGAAGAAGCUGUCGAUGGUGAAGCUGAGUCAUUUCAAGAAGGAGUUUGGGUUGCCAGAGAAGCUAAACGGGUUGCUUCUGAAGCAUCCGGGGAUAUUCUACGUUUCUAACAAGUAUCAGGUUCACACUGUGCUUCUUAGGGAAGGGUACGAUGGGUCGGAGUUGGUUCACAAGGACCCGCUCGUUGUUGUCAAGGAUAAAUUUGGGGAGCUGAUGCAGCAGGGGUUGUAUGAGUACAAUCGGAGGAGGUAUUUGGCUAAUCUAGAGAAGAAGAGAGAGAAAGGUAUUGAAUUUGUGAAGUCUGUGGGGAGAAAGAGAGACAGGAUUGACCAUGGGGAUGACGAUGUUGAUGAACAAGAGAACCGUGGGGAUAGAGCAGGCGGUAUGUUUGAUCCAGAAGAAAGAAAAAGGUUCUAUCAGAUUCUCUUCAGUGACACCCAAUAAGAGCAUUUUGGUAAAGUUGAAUACAUCAUGCGCUGAGAAUAGUUUCACUGACUCUUGGGACAGACAGCUUGUUGUAGAGCGCAUAUUGGGAUGUCCGUAGCUUACAGCAAAAGUACAAUGUCUCAGAAAUGACAAGCGUUCCCUAAUGUCUCAGAUAUGACAAGCGUUCCCUAAAGAUCAUUAUCUCCUUUGGAAAUUCCACGAUAAAGAGGGAAGAGUUGGCUGAGUUAAAUGUUUUCUCCUCUAAGAAUAGUGUCUGGGAAGUGUGUUUAUACCUCGUGAACGUGGUCCAGUAACUCAGUGAAGACCUUUGCACGCACUUGAAACAUGAACUGAUUGAAAACGUACUAUAUUAGUUUGUAUUGUUUGUUUUUGUUGAUGUUUUUCUAUGGUUGUAGAGGAAAUGUUUUCCUUGACUUCAUGUAUUUUACCGAGUCGUAUUCUUCCUUUGACUUCA